UCGACAUGCUUCUACCGGUGCAGAUUUAUCCUUGGAUGUAACACUUACACAUUCAAUAAAAAAGAAUAUAGAAAAAUAUUGGAGGGAUAAAAUUAAUUUGCGUAAAUAUGAUGAAACUGAUAAUAUAAAGGAAAAGUUUUAUGUAUUGUCAAUGUUUCCAUAUCCCUCUGGAAUACUUCAUAUGGGUCAUGUAAGAGUUUAUACAAUAAGUGAUGCUGUUGCUCGUUUUUACCAACUGAAAGGAUAUAAUGUCCUUCAUCCAAUGGGUUGGGAUGCAUUUGGAUUACCUGCUGAAAAUGCUGCAAUUGAAAAGCAAGUUGAUCCUGUUGAAUGGACAAAUGACAACAUUAUACGAAUGCGAAAUCAAAUGAACUUGUUGAAUUAUAAUUUUGAUUGGGACAGAGAAUUUGCAACAUGCGAUCCAGAAUAUUAUAGGUGGACACAAGAGCUAUUUUUAAAACUUUUUGAAAAAGAUUUAGUUUAUCAGAAAGAAUCAUAUGUUAAUUGGGAUCCGAUUGAUCAAACUGUAUUGGCAGAAGAACAAGUUGAUGAGAAUAAUUGCUCUUGGAGAUCAGGUGCUCAGGUAGAAAAAAGAUUGUUAAAGCAAUGGUUUAUUAGAACAACACCAUUUGCUCAAUCAUUGUUAAAUGGAUUAUGUAAUCCGAUAUUGAAAGACUGGAAAGACAUUAUAAAAAUACAAAAGAAUUGGAUAGGUGAAUGUAAUGGGACUAGUUUUGAAUUUCAAUUAAUAUCAAAUAUCCCAAAUUAUCCAAAAACAAUAAAUGUUUGGACCAAUGUCCCAGAAUUUAUUGAAUAUGCAAAGUUUGUUGCAAUCUCUCCAAAGAGUUUACUAAACUAUUCAGAGUAUUGUAAAGAUGUAAAUGAUGAAAUCAAAGUAAUGAAUGUUAAGGUAUUAAAUCCGUUCAGUGGAGAAGAAAUGCCAGUAUUUAUAACAGAUAAAGUUGAAUAUCAACCUUUCAGAGACACAUACAUUGGUAUACCUUCUGCUUCUAUGGACGAUUAUAAUUUUUCUGAAGCAGUUGGCAUUGAAUUUCUUAGACAUUCAAUAAGAAAUUACGAAGAACAACAACAGAAACUGUCAGAAGUAUUGUCUAAAGCAAGAGAGUGGAAAAUUGGCGGAUAUUCAGUUAGUUCAAGGCUGCAAGAUUGGUUGAUAUCUAGACAAAGGUACUGGGGUACACCAAUUCCAAUUAUUCAUUGCUCAAAUUGUGGAGCUCAACCAGUGCCAUCAGAACAGCUUCCUGUUGUUUUACCAAAGAUAACAUCUUCAUUUUCAAAUAAAAAGUCUACAUUACUUGAUUGUAAAGAUUGGUUAAAUAUUUCCUGUCCAAAAUGCGGUGGACAAGCAACUAGAGAAUCAGACACAAUGGAUACAUUUGUAGAUAGUUCAUGGUAUUUUCUGAGAUAUAUUGAUCCAAAAAAUACAAAACAAAUGUUUGAUCUUGAUAAAGUAAAAACAAUAUUCCCUGUUAACCUUUAUGUAGGUGGAAAAGAACAUGCCGUAUUGCAUUUAUAUUAUGCCAGAUUUAUGAGUCACUUCUUGCACUCGGAAGGACUUUUACCCAGUCAAGAACCAUUUCAACAACUACUUGUGCAGGGUAUGGUAAUGGGUAAAACUUACCAAAUAGAAAAUACAGGAAAGUAUGUGAAGGCAGAUGAAGUGGAAGAAAAAGAAGGACAAUAUGUACUGAGAAAUACCAAAGAACCUGUAGUUAUCUCCUGGGAAAAAAUGUCUAAGUCAAAGCAUAAUGGUAUUGAUCCUCUUGAAUUAAUAGACAAGUAUGGAAUUGAUACAACCAGAUUGUUAAUAUUAGCUAAUGUAGCACCAACUAAAAAUAGAAAUUGGUCUGACGAAACUAUUCCGGGAAUACUCAACUGGCAAAACCGUAUAUGGAAUACUGUAAAAUGGUUUAUAGACUAUCGAAACAGUGUAAGUCUAGAAGAACUUCAAACAACACCUACUGAUCCCAAAUUUGUUAAAGAUGAUUCAUAUAUGUUUGAUAGUCGAAAUUAUUUUUUAAAAUCUACAACUUAUAGUAUAACUAACUCUCAGCAAUUAAGUAUUGCAAUAUCACGACUGCAAGGACUUACAAAUAGUUUACAUAAGGUAUCGGUGGAAUGUAAGAAUAAAAGUCGUGAAUUUGAGCGUGCAUUAGCAGCUCAACUAAUAAUGCUUGCGCCAUUCGCGCCACAUUUUGCUUCAGAAUUAUGGGCAGCAUUCUGCUCAGCUAAACAUCACCUCAUAAGUGAAAAUGAAGUAAAAUUGAAUAAGAAUGUCAUGGAACAAGACUGGCCAGAAAUAGAUAUGGAAUAUAAAAUGGAAUUGAUACUAUAUGUGGAUGGUACGUAUUGUGGAAAACUCAAAAUACCUAGAUGCGAGUUGGAUAAAUUGUCACCUGAAGAAGCCUUGAACUUAGGAAUGAAUCAACCAGAACUCCAAAAAAGUUUGUGGAAUAAGAAAAUCACAGAGACUAAACUUCUUUCAGUGGCAGGCUACGAUUCAAAGAUGUACAUUAUUACAGAAAAACUUAAAGAGACUAUAGCAACAUAAAACUACUGAAGUCAGUAAUAAGUGUUAUAAAUGCUAUGAAAAUAGUCUUUAUUAAAUUUUAUAUACUAUGAUAUAAAAUAUUAUAAUAUAGAAUGACUGUAAAUAAUUAAACAAAUUACAUAAAUAAACAUGUUUUUUUACUAAAAAGUGAAGAGAAUAAA